UGGACCCAAGCAUGAACAGAGAGAGAGAGAGAGAGAGAGGCAAAGGGAAAGGAAAGGAAAGGAAAGGAAGAGGGAGAGGGUAGACUAUCUUUGUUUCUAUCCUCUUCUCUUUUCUUUUGUUCCCCUUGAGAGCUUAACAGUUUGAAGAAAAAGAAGCAUCUUGUCCUGGUUCUCUCAACCUCCAGAAGCAGUUGGAGGUUGAUGACAGAUUAACCAUCAGAAUGGGUCCAAGCAAAUUGAGAAGAGCCAUUGGAGCAGUUAAGGAUAAAACAAGCAUAGGGCUAGCAAAGGUGGGAAGCAGCAGCUCACUGGGGGAUCUUGAAGUGGCAAUUGUGAAGGCAACAAGGCAUGAUGAGUACCCUGCUGAAGAGAAGCACGUUAGGGAGAUCCUGAGCUUAACAUGUUACUCGAGGGCCUACGUUAGCGCCUGCGUUAGCACCAUCUCCAAGCGUCUAAGCAAGACAAAAAGUUGGACGGUUGCUUUGAAAUCCCUCAUUCUCAUUCAAAGGCUACUAUCAGAUGGAGAUCCUGCUUAUGAGCAAGAAAUAUUCUUCUCAACUAGGCGCGGCACUCGCCUUCUCAACAUGUCUGAUUUCAGGGACAGGUCCUAUUCUAGUUCUUGGGAUUUCUCUGCAUUUGUGCGCACCUACGCCCUGUAUCUUGAUGAAAGGCUUGAGUACAAGAUGCAGAACAGGCGCGGAAAGCGCAGCAGGUUUGGUUUUGAUGAAGAUGAUGAGCAAAGACAAAGAGAUAAAGACAGAGACAGAGAAAGAUAUAUAUACAGAGAUAAAGAUAAAGAUAAAGACAAGGAUCUUGAUAUUGAAGUCAGUACAAAAGCCACACCUUUGAAUGAUUUUAGGACCGAGCUACUAUUUUCCAAGAUGCAGCAUUUGCAGUUGCUUCUUGAACGCUUUAUAGCUUGCCGUCCCACAGGAGUGGCAAAGACCCAUCGUAUUGUGAUAGUGGCUCUGUAUCCUAUUGUGAAGGAGAGCUUUCAAAUAUAUCAUGAUAUGACAGAGAUCAUGAGCAUCUUAAUCGAUCGUUUCGCCGAAGAGAUGGAGGUACAAGAAUGCAGCAAAGUGUAUGAUGUUUUCUGCCGCGUUGGAAAGCAGUACGAUGAGCUAGACAUGUUCUAUACCUGGUCCAAGUCCAUAGGCAUUGGGCGCGCAUUCGAGUAUCCGGAUUUAGAGAAGGUAACAGCCAAGAAACUGGAGCUCAUGGAUAACUACAUCAGAGAGAAGUCCAGAAUAGCCAAAUGUAGAAAACUAGAACAACAAGAACAUCAAAGUGAAGAUGAAAAAGCAGAGGAAUCUGAACCACAGGAGGAUAUGAAUGCAAUUAAGGCGCUGCCGCCGCCAGAAGAAGUAAAGGAGGAGCCAGUAGAAGAAACAAAGGAAGCAGAGCCCAAGAAUGAAGAGCCAGAGCAAACAGAGGGGGAUCUAUUGAAUCUAGGAGAUGAUACAGUGACAAGUCAUGAAUAUGGGGACAAACUAGCCUUGGCAUUGUUUGAUGGGGCUGCACCAGCAACAAAUAGUGACACCAAAGCUCUUCCAUGGCACGCUUUUGAUGAUUCAGCAGAUUGGGAAACAGCAUUGGUUCAAUCAGCAAGCAACUUGUCCAACCAGAAGCCAUCACUUGGGGGAGGCUUUGACACCUUGUUGUUGGAUGGUAUGUACCAACAUGGAGCUGCAUAUUCAGCCAUGCAAGGACCAGGUUAUGGGGUAAGUGGCAGCAAUAGUAGCCUCGCACUAGGCUCGGCUGGAAGACCUGCCAUGCUAGCAUUGCCAGCACCACCAUCUCCGGCAGGUGGUUUGAGUUCGUUUGGUGCAGACCCUUUUGCAGCUUCAUUGGCUGUGGCACCUCCACACUACGUUCAAAUGUCAGAGAUUGAAAAGAAACAGAGGUUGUUGAUGGAGGAGCAACUAAUGUGGCAGCAAUAUGCAAACCGUGGGAUGCAGAUGCAGGGACAAGUUGCAUACCCAAAUGUACAAGCUAACAAUACGUACAUGGGAGGGUAUCAACAGAACUAUUGGGGCUAUUCUCAUUAAAGAGAAAUUUUUAAAUCCUACAAAGGAAACCACAUUCUUCCUCCACAUGAAUCUUAUACAAAUGAUUCAUUUUGAAAAAAAAAAAUGUGAAAAGUAAUAGAAAUCCACUUGAAUAAAAGAUGGAAAUGAAAUGUCGAGUGAGAGUCUUUUGCUUCACGGAAGGUGAAAUCAUUAAAUUAGAAACAUUGCUUCAUUAGUUUGGACAUACCUCAUCACUGUCCCUUUCUUCGUUGUUUCAUUGUUAGUGUCUUGCAACUGGUUUAACCGCAUGAGUGUAUUGAGUUGUCUUAAGUACUCUUAUAGAAUGCUAACUAGAAUCACAAUCAACGAUAUUCAACCACUCGGAAAUUAUCAACUGUCCACACGAUAUACUUUUCUCCAAGGCCACGGUGGAGUGAAUUGAUUCUAUGAAGCAGCAUUUCUUUUUUUUAUUUCGUUUUUCUCUUUUGGGAGUGGUUGUUGCUGUGUGUGAUAGAAAGGAAGCAACAUUUGUUACAGCCUUAUAUCAAAUGAAACAUUUAUUCUCAUCAUUUAACUGCUAAGCACCUUAUGCAUUAUGCAGAUUUAAAAAGUAUACCAUCAAAAUACGGCCAUGCAUCGCGUACCAGACAAAAUACAAAUGUACGGCCAAGAAAACAAAGGAUACUAGUCAUUGAUAUUAGAAUACUUCUCAAACGCAACGUACAAAAUUUAAGUAUAGCUAACAGAUCUUCAGACUUUUAAGAACUUAACACUGGCAAAAAGAAAA